AUGAACGAUACUGCCGACGUGGUCAUGUUCAUCCCCGUCAUAGAGCAUAUCGCUGUGGUUGGCUGGGGCGACGCAGCCUGGGCUGCCCGUAUCACCGGCGCGUCCCAGGGUGGCGAGAUGAUCGUGUUGGCCCCGCUGUCUUUCCUGAGCGGCUCGACUGAGACGGUGGCUCCUAUCUCAUGGAGUUCGUGCAAACUACCGCGAGUCGCCAGAAGCAGUACGAGUGCGGAGGUUCAGAUGAUCACGGAGACCCUCGACGAGAUCAGCUACGUGCGUCUGUUCAUCUAUGAGAAAGAGUGCGGCCAAGGGGACUACACGAACAAGCAGCACGUGAACGACGCCAUCUCAUCCUGCCCUUGCGUGCUAGUCACAGACGGCAAGUCGGGCUACGACGCUAUCGAGAAGAGUGAGUCGGCUGGUCUUGGACUACGCGACAAACGUACGAGCAUCGAGUGCCUAGGCAUUCGACAGCAGAAGGAGCAGACAGCCCUCCAGAUACGUUUGGUUCACAGCGACGCCAUGCUCGCCGACGGUCUCACUAAGGAUCGUGCCGCCAAGGUCUUGCUCGAGUUCUUCAGGACAGGCCAGCGCUGGAGGCUCGUGGACGACCCUCUACACCGCAGUGCCAGAAAACGCAAGACCGAGGGCAUGGACAAGCUCGACCACGGCAAGCCGCUGUCUCCCGACGAUGAAGAUGCUAUGCUGGAGGCCCUCAUCUACUACGCCCGCGACAACCCCGACGAGCAGGACGGCCCUGCUGGAGAUGCAGCCCUGUGGGGCACAGUGAGGAAGCUCACGCGCUCUGUGCUUUCUGUGAAUUCAGCCGCCAGCGGCAGGCGGCUCGCUGGCACCGACGCCCACGCCGUGUGCGCGGACGAGAGCGCAGAUGGAGUGAGGUACGGCUGCAGCGCCAGCCUCUCUACCCUGGCAGCCAUGGACGACGAUUGGGAGCGCGAGUUCUUGCGCGUCACCCGCGCGACCAACUCGUUCGCCACUCUCGGCGUAGGCCCCUCCGACGUGGAGGCAGGCUCCGCUGCCGUGAGGAAGACGUACCGGCGCAGGUCGCUGCUGGUGCACCCUGACAAGGUCGCGGAGGAGAGAAGAAAGGAUUCGACUGCUUUGUUCUCCAAGUUGGAAGCCGCCGCUGACGUAGUCGACGCUUGCCUGCAGGAGGACGCGGCGGCCACGAGGCUGCUGGCCGAGAUCCACGCCGCCUGCGACGAGGGCCGCGUGGCCGCGGAGCCCGCGGCCGCGGCCCGGCUGCUCGACGUC